AUUCACUUCGUGUUUACAAAAUCAACAACGCAUAUUUGAUAUUUCGAUAGCGUAAUUAGAAGACGAAGUUUAUUUGAACAAUGUGAUGUAUUUGCGCAAUACAUUUCGAACAAUCUAAUCUCACAUUUACUUGUCAAGUCAAUAUAUAUUGAACCGAGGACUGGGGGACAAAUGCAACAAUUAACACAAUAGGAGAAUGAAAUUAAGAAAGAUGAGAACAAACAGGAAGUGACACAGUUGAUCCUGAUCUUGGUAAGAAAACAAGGUUUAACAAGGUAGGUGUAGUGUAAGAACAAACUGUUUUUGUACACAUGAAGGUAGUUAAAAUUUGUGCAUGUCUAUGGCUUCCGCAAAUCUCAGAAUACGUCCCUGACUGACUGUUUCUGUACAGAAAUUUGAAAGCUGUUUGAACAUUAACUUUGUGACCUGUUUAUAUGAUGUGUUUAGCUAUAGAUGAAGGGGGUCGUCUCUCACCAAUGUUUAUCACUAUUUCACACUCCAUUUGCUUUUGAAGCCAUUUAGGCACAUGUUCUCCCACCCUCAACUUCAUGACUCGAUUACUCCUCACCAAUUAACAUGUGUGACCACACACACAUGUUAAUUGGUAACUUGUUAACUUGAAACAGUAAAUGAUCCAGACGGGUAGAUUAAGUGUCAGCCACUUGUAACGCAAACAUCGAAUAUUGCGCGAGCUAGAUACUAACUAGUCAAAGGUGCUGAGACUGAUGAAUGGAAGUGAUCUGAACUCAUGAACACUGUUUGUGUACUGAUAACCCUCGCCUAGUUUGCUAGUUUACUACCCAGUCCUAAUCCUGGAAACAGAGGGAAGUUUGGAUGUGUGGCUAGCAACCCUGCACCGGAAAGUCAAUCCAAGCACUAAAGAAAAUUCAAAGCACAGAUUGAACAUAAAAACAAACUUUUUCCGCUCUGAAUUCAAGGGGACGAAAUGACGCUGGUUGGUGAAAGACUUUGGGAAACCAAUUAGCCGAUUUAUCUCCGCUUCUCUAGAUGAAAGCUAAAGUAAGCAUGGGGAGAAGGAUUGUCCGCACAAUGUUCGAAGCUGGCUAGCAAGGCUGCCCAGAUUGCAAUAGAGAUGAGAAGGUAUGGCAUAGAAGUGCCAGGAACCUGCGAGGAAUCAGCCAGCAGAUAGAAUGCAAGUGGACUCUCCUAACUGUCAACUGGAGAGGAGAGUCAAAAAUCUACUGCGAGACUGUCACACAAACGACAACCACGAGCACACUGAGAUUUCGAGUGACUAUCAUGAUGUCCCCAACAGCAUCGAAGGCUCUCAUGCAGUGGGAACUAAUCUCCUCCUGGAGGAUCAGGAUCAGGACAGCAAGAUGGAUUCAACUCAAAAGGAAAGAAAGUCACAAUCAUUAAAUGCUACGCUAUGCACCUACAAAUAAGGCAGAUAAAGAGGUGAAGAAGAAAUUCUACAGACAACUUGAAUCAACGCUGGACAAGACCCCACCUCAGUUGGCGACAUCGAAAUCCUAAUGCGUGCGGUGACAUGAAUGCCAGACUGGGAGCAGACAACACAGGAAGAGAAGAAACCAUAGGCCAAGAAGCACUCGGUGAAAUGAGUGAGAAUGUAGAACUGUUUGCAGAAUUCUGUGCGUUCAACCAGUUGGUGAUUGGAGGCGCUGUGUUCAAGCACAAGGAUAUCCACAAAGUGAAAUGGAUUUCACCAGACACCAGGACACACUAAAAACCAGAUCGACUUCAUCUCAAUGUGAGGAACGUGGAGACGCAGCCUAAUUGACACAAGGUCAAGAAGGGGAGCAGUUGUGGGCUCAGUCCACUAUCUAGUGCAAGGAACCUUCCGAAUCAAGUCGAAAACCUUCCAAGAAGUUGUUGAUAGACUACAGUUCAAGUUCAACACCUAAAACAGAAAUUGAAUGACAAAACUGUAAAGGACAUGUUUACUCAGAUUUUCAACAAAUCUUCAUGUCAAUUCACUAAUCGAUAUCCACAAAAUCUGACAUGGCAAACACCAGUCCAUAUCACUGCUCAAGUAAGUAGUCAGCAUUUAUCAAUGGAACAUGUCAUAUUCACUCUAUCUGGUGGAUGACAGCUUACCGAUAUUGACAACCAGAGAGUCAGAGAGAGAGAGUGAGAGAGAGCGAGAGAGAGAGCGAGAGAGACAGCAUGCAACUCAACUCCAGUUAACAAACUAUAUAUAAGGAAGGGUGCACGCAUUCCAGUAUGCCAGAGUUGGAUUGCACACAACUAGAAGCAAUGUUCGCAACCAAGGUUCUCUUAAUCUGUGUGUGCAUUUACAUCGUGGCCAAUGCGGCAUCUGGUGCACCAGCGAAAGGAAGUCACGCUAACUUGUCAAAACCCAAUGCAGGUGACAAACACAACCAUAAUCACAAGUCAGGGAAUUUGAAGAAAGUGUCACGUGGAUCAUCGGAAACAGCUGUGGAGGAUGUGAAACCAGUAGAACCUGAGAGCGCAUUCUUACUGGAACUUUUCACUGGAUUAUUCGGUGGUUGAAGUCUAUGCAUUUGUUUAUCUAUGAUAGUGAUAAUAAAUCGAGUGUUUUCAUGGUGAUCUUGUUGGUUCUCAAAUCUUCUUAGCCUGGUUAUUUCAUUCACUCGUUCAUUCAGUCAUUCACUCAUCCGAUGAACUGGGAUGUGUUUGAAUAAUGUUGUGAGUGAGGGAGUUCACCAAUUCGAAUGAAGAUAUUACUAGAGAAAUGAGUAGUGGAUAUGUGAUUCCGCCAUGGAAUGAACUCUCAGUAUGAUGGGAGACAGAAAUAUCAUUGAAAGUUCAAGGUGGUAUUCAUCAUGGACUGACAUGACUUGGAGAACCAGUGAAUGGGUGGACAAGUGUUUCUGACAACAGUAUGACUCAGCGUUGUGCAACCACGAUGCAGUAGUUGAACUACACCCUGCUGUCCACGAAAACUGACGAGUUUUGACAUAACCCUCGACUGAAUCGAGUUCAUGUUGUUGAGGAUUUGCAUACUACUAGUGAGAAACGACUAUUCAGUGCUUGUGUGGUGACUAGUAAUUCUCGAAAAUAUUCGCCUCUCUUCAAUGAAGAAUUUCUUGAAGUCAAUCAGUCUUCACAAACCUGCACAGUGAAUUUUCUAUACAUUCAAUUUAUUUUGUGAAUGUACUUGUGUAGAAAUAUGCUUUGUAGUAUUAUGGUUAACUAACGAUGGAAGUAAUUUAUGGGAGUGUCCGUGAAUAUCAACUACAAGUGUAUUGAAAUUAAAAGAUCCUAAUUAAAGAUCAGUGAACAGCAUUGGAAACUUAUAGCAAACCUUGUUAAAUACAACAUUUUAUGUUGCCGCCGUUAGUGUGAUUUUGUGUACCAGAUGUAUCAUUGUGUCAUGUCUGGAAGGAGGUGGGGUUUAUCAUACAUUCAUGUCAGUAUGUAUUGACCAGUUCUACAGCUCCUGUGAAUUAAGCAAUUUGGCAGAUAUUAUGAGAACGGGUUGACAAUGUGUGAAAGAAUAUAUCUGAGAAUGGUUGGCGAAAAGACUAGUCAAGAAGAUGAUGAGUUCCAUCCAGUCACACCUGGCAUACACUGGUGCAAAUUUAGACAUACGUUUGGCUGUUUCACUCAUCUAUAAGAUAGAUAACUAGUCGAAUGCCUUGAAUGAUGGCAACAAAGUAAGCCUUCUUCAAACUGUGUAAUCCGUUGCAUUCAAAAUCACAAAACCGAAGAUGCGUACGAGGGUGAAUCUCAGAGAAUCCACAAGGAUGGCAAUCGCAUACUUGAUGCAGACAAUAAUUGACUAUCAACAAUUUAGACAUAUUUGACGAAGUUGUGGCUGAAAAGUUUUCAUUGCGAUUGUCGUUUUGUCUUUGAUAUUCCUAUUUUUCACUCAACCUGAUAUUUGAUGGACACCCACUGCUCACUGGGGUUUUCCUAACUUCAAUUCAUGUCUAAGUUUUAGUUUAUAACCUUGUUAGUUCCUUCAUGCACCAAUUGUUCGCAAACUGUGACUCAACAUCGUUCCCUAAAAUUAGUUUCCUUCUUUCUGAGCGGAUUUGAUCAUCUACACUGCCUUUUAAUUCGGUGUCAAACUAGCGAAGCUUUCAAGCGGUAUGAAAACCACUGUCAUCUGGUCAGCGAAAUCUACAGACUACAGUGAGUGUUCCGCAAUUAUUCAUAUUCAUUCGUAGUACAUUUCUUUACUUCCU